UAGAUUAGAUAGACCGUUGAUCAAUCUGAUGUCACGAACCGCUAAAACUUAAAACCCUGCUAAUAUAUCGAAACGUGUUUGUCAAUUACACAGGGUGUGUUAUAUAAUUUUAUUAACUCUGCAUCUACAAAUAUUGCCAUCAGUAUCGAGCUUGGCUCAGCGUACAAUAAUCACGUAUUUGAACCUUGCUUAAGCUUUGUAAAUUGCUAAUCAAUGCAAGAGGAAAAGCGGAUUUAAUGAGCCAGAAGAUUUCAAUUAAGUUUCCAAACAGUGCGAGUGCCAGCUAAGUUUGUAAUUAUGCGGAUGGUGGAUCAACAUCAAAUCGUAUCGUCCUGUCUAAGACGUAUAGACAGUUUGGAUUUUUGUUUGUUUCAGUCAGACUUGGAGUAUUUUUAUUAGUUGAUAAAAGUGGGUAUUUUUCGUUUGUUACCUAUUCCGUAUAGUGGCGAAGGUUGAAUUAUUAGUAAAAUGUCGUGGCAUUUGAUCGAGAAAAUACUUGACGAAGUUUCGAAGCAAUCUACGUUUGUCGGGAAAGUUUGGGUGACUUUGCUUUUUGUGUUUCGAAUAAUUGCUGUGACUAGAAUAGGGGAUACAGUGUAUGCUGAUGAACAAGCGGCAUUCAAAUGCAACACUCGACAGCCGGGUUGCGAGAAUGUUUGCUUCAAUAAGUUUUCCCCCAUUUCUCAUAUGAGAUUUUGGGGUUUUCAGAUAAUUAUUGUUGCAACACCAGCAAUGAUGUUCAUGGUUUAUGCCGCACACACAGUUUCAAAGCUACCAGGACCAUGCAAGUUAUCGGGCAGGCGUAUAGAUGCAGGUGUCGUCAAGAAAAGACGAAGACGAGAUCCUGGAGUACUUCGACGUAAAAGCAACUUCGGUGCUUCGAAUCAAUUAAAUGAGACGAUUCUUUCAACGUCCAGGUUUUCAAAACCGUCAACAAAUUUGUCAAAAGUUUUUCAUCCACCAAUGUACUCAGGUGGUGUGAGGCGCAGACCUGACAACCCACCCACCUACGAAUCACGUAACAGUUACCCAUCACAUCACGUGACGACGCCAAGCGCGCCAACGGUUGAAACCACAAGAUCUGAGCCAUUCAAACCAAACGUCAAUCACAAUGACGUCAUACAAGCACCGACACAAGUAAACAAAGGAAAUCAUCCAAACGCUUCAGUGAUGUUUGAACACGUUCAACUACAGAAUGUACGACGGUAUAGUGAUGGCGACCUUGUAUUUAAAACAAAGCAAUCACCUACACAUUCUGUGACGUCACAAAGGGAAAAUUCUCGCUGCAGACAAUAUGCUGUAGCAGAAGAAUGUUACGUUGAUGACGUAUUGGAACCCAGUUUCGUGUGGGAGCUCGAUGAUAAAAAGAAGAUAGCUGUAACGUUAAUGCAUGUCCGGCCUAAAUCCGAAUGCGACAGCGCCUUCUCAGAAAACACUUUUUCUUUCGGGCGUUCAUCACCACGUCGGCAGCCGAAUGGAGGCAAAAUGUGGGGGAAUACCGCAACACCAGCUUUGAUUAAACUGCCACAAAGUUUUGUUGAGAGUUCGUUCGACGGGGCAGGCAGAGCGGCCCAGUCACAAGUUGCUGAAAACCUUGAAUCUCCGUCCCAGUUUUGCUCGCAAAGCAACAGCAGGUCUUUCAACUCACCAAGAAAACGUCUAAUUUCAAGUUGUAUCGCUUCCCGCAAUGUUCGCAGCGCCAGCGGCUCUUGUACGGGUUCAAGACAAAGAUCGUGCUUAUGGAGAACUGAACGCAAGAUUGCGAUUGCAUAUUUCGUGCAGUGCGUGCUACGAAUGCUACUGGAAAUAGCGUUUCUGGUUCUGCAGUAUAAAUAUUUUAGUUUUAAGGUCCCAGAGCUUUACAAGUGCGUUCAAUGGCCUUGUCCAAACAUGGUUGAUUGCUUCAUAUCAAGACCACAAGAGAAAUCCACGAUGCUCAUAUUCAUGUUUGGGGUCACCGCGUUGUGUAUUGUACUUACAUGUUUUGAACUUAUCAAACUUAUCGGUCGGAGAUAUUACAGCGUUAAGAAUAUGAUGAAAACUUCAAAAAGAGAUAUGGUUGGAGAGGAUAGAAAACGAUCAUCAAAACGAACCACUCUUCAUAAACUUUUCGACUCUAGUCAUCCAGAACAUUGUAAUAAUAUCUUCAGGCAAUCAAGUGAUGACGUCGAUAGAAGCUCGUCAUCGGAUUCUUCAUCAAGCAAUAGUAGCAGUUCUGACGCAUCAGCGUUGGCAGAAGCUUCGUUUAAUUCGGAAGAACUCAGUGAUAUGUUGGAUGAAACUGUGGAGGUGGUUGAAUAUAAUGAUCAAGCUGAAGCAAAUGAGUUUGUUUGAAAUUCUCUGUGUUUGUUGAAAUGUUCUGAUUUUGAAUCCGUUUUUUUGUGAUCGUGUUCUCUUAUUUACUGCAGUGUAGCUCAAUGAGAUUCUUUAAGUGACUUUCAAAAUGUCUAAUCGCUUCACUAUGUUUUAUCACUGUGCAAUUUAAAGGGAUACCGCACGGCUGGCAAUAUAGUGGGGGAUGAUUGCAGUGAAAAUUAUGGGUGGCAAGUUUUGCCUCGUUGCUGCUACACCUAUAAAAAUACAUUACUAUUCUUUUGAUUUUAAAACGUUACGAAAAACUAAAAAUUGUUGCACCAACCAUUCUGACUUAACGUUUGGGUCAGCGUAUUAAUAAUAUAAGCAAUCAACAAA